CGCUCCCCCCGCCCCUCAUCGCGCCUCAUCGACAGCAAUGGCGGACUGCUGCUCAGGCGCUGCUGCUGUGUCCAGCACCAGCACCAGCAGCACCACCACCAGCACCACCUCCACCUCUACUAGAGGUGGAAGUGGUGCUGGUGGUGGUGCUGGUGUGGUGGUGGUGGUGCGCGUCAAGAGGAAGCUGACGGCGGCUCCAGAGCCGCCGGAGGCGCUGCUGCUGCUCGCCUCCAAGCGGGCCCGGGACGACCGGCGCGGAGACGCCGGAGCCGUGGAGAGCAGAGUGUGCACCUUGGCUGGCACGGUUCGCUCGCGGGACGACUCUCCGGAGAGCGUGCGGCAAGCGUUGCUGUGUGCGCGGUCUCAAUAUCAGCAUCAUCAUCAUAAUCAGAGCAGGAAAACUCAUCAGCAGAAGAAGAGACAGAUUCAUCAGCGGGAGGAGCAUAAACAGAACGAACAGCAUCCGCCUCACCAGCAGCAGCAUCAUGAUCAGCAAAAGAAAAACAAGCCACAGGUUCAGCAUCAUGAGCACAAUCAGCCUCAGCCACAUCAUGAGCAGCACAGGCGCACGGCGUAUCUACCACAGCCGUUGCAGCAGUGCCGCCAGGAGCGUCGCGCCGCCUGGAAGGAGCGGCGCUACCGCGUGGUGGCACAGCAGCGCUCGCGCCUGCCGGGGGCGAGCGGCGGCCGUCCCACUGCUGGGGCUGCGAAGGAAGAGGUGGAGAAAGCGGAGGAGGUGGUGGAAGGGAGGGAGGUGAAAGAGGUCGUGGUGGUGGUGGGGAAGGGACAGGAGGAGGUUGGAGGUGGUGGUGGUGGUGAUGAUGAUGCGGAGUUGGAGAUGGGAAGGUUCUUCCAAGUGUUUGACGUUGUACAGGAGGGCGACGACGAUGAGGAGGACGAUGAGGUGGAGGAGGUUGCGGUGGAGGCUCGGAGGAAGAAAAGGGGAGAGCGAGGGCGGCGCCCCUCCCCCUCGGCCAUCCUCUGCAACUCCGUGGAGCUGAUCCGCGAGAAGCUCCGCAUCUCCGACUCACCACCACCAUCCUCGCCGUCACCAUCCUCACCAUCACGACCAUCACCGGUGGCACAGCAGAGGCGCCGCACGGACUACGUCUACGACCUCUACUACUGCCACGCUGGCGGUGGUGGCGGACCCGGAGGAGAUGGAGCGGCGGAUGCCAGCAUGGAGCUGCAGGAGGAGGGCGGAGGAGGAGGAGACGUUGGACUCACAGAUAUCGAUCGAGUGCUGUCCGUUCAGCCGUACUUCUUCGCCGACGAGGACGGACGGCUGGUGGCGGACGAGGAGGUGGCCGAGGAGGCCUUCGAGGAGGAGGACGAUGAGAACGACGAGGGGAACUGGCGCAAUGACUAUCCUGAUGAGCGCGACUUUGACGAGGAGAAGCAGUUCUUCUGUGACUCGGAGCUGUCAAGCGACAGUGGGGAGGAGAGCUACUCGCUGGGUGGACGCUACCGGUCUUCGGUGGGGGAGGACUUCCAGUACGACUACACACUCGACCUCGUCGCCAACGACUCGGACUGACUCGCUCAAUCCGUCUAGCUCGCUCACCAUAGCACUCGCCUUUGAGCUAUAACCACAACCUUGACCCUCACCUGUGGUCCUAGCCCUGACCCUCACCUGUGGCCCUAGCAUGCGUCAGGGUCUGAAUCGAACACACGACCUCCUGCAUGCCAGGCGAGGGAGAUAACACCUCGCCUCCGUUAAGCGAAAACAAUUACCCCAUGAAUAAUGUAAUAAUUAUAACCUUUGGCGAAAUCACAAAAUAUUUAUUUAUAGCGGAGGAAUCUUGACUCCUCCAGAUGUCCAGUGUGAAAGCGACGUACGACCACGCAUGCCAGGCGGUGAGAUGGCGGCACAGCUGAGGCACGACCCCGCUCUGCGUUGCCAUAUCGUUCCACGCACUCUACCACUGCGCUGCGUCGCCCGUACAGCUCAAGAAAGUGGCUCAUCGUCGACCGCUCAGGAACGGCGUUAUAACAUCGCUUGUGUUCCGCAUUCUAACGGGUGACGCGUUAUGACAGGGUGGCAUGUCAUAAUCGUUGACACGUUAUAACGGUGCGUGCGUUCCGCGUCAUCAUGGGCGGCGCGUGUCGCAGUGACGACGUGCCGAAUCGACAACACCGUCCUGAGAAAGCUUGGCAGAGUGUCGUGGGACUUGGUAAGACUUAUUAUUACGAUGAUAAUGAUAAGAAUGAUGAUUAAUGAAUAAUAAAAUAUUUGUUGCCUUGACAAUGACCCACCCUCAUCUGUGACCCCUAUUCCCUGGGCUGAUAACGAACUCUGUGUACAACUUCGGUACGCUCGAUCCCGUUGUAGAGAAAGGAUGGAUGGAGAUUAGUCUGCACCCUCAUCCGUGUCUCCCUUCGUGUGAGGUGGACACGGGGUGGACACAGGCAGGGUGGACACAAAGGGAGACAGGCGUGGGUGACACUGGGUGGACACAUGGGGUGGGUGGACAUGGAAGGGUGUACACACAGGCAGGGUGGACAUGGGGUGGACACACGGGGUGGACACGUGGGAGGGUGGACACGUGGGAGGGUGGACAUAGACGUGUGAGUUCCUUUCAUUUGAAAAAAAAAUAAACUGACUCCCAUUAAAUUGAAAUACUCUGCUAUACAGUAAAUACAAACUGGAGAAUUUAACAAAUAAAUUGCCACCAUCCUAUGUUGUUUUUCGCCAAAAUUUA